AUGGAUGAGUACCCGGAGGAGCUCCGCACGCCGCCUGUAGCCUUGUCAUGUGUGGUGGGCUGUCCGGAGGUGCACGGCUUGAUCGCGGCGCAUCUCCACUCGCAGCAGCCCCCUAUGAACACCAUCGCAUUGCCCGAUUUCUCUAAGAUCUCCGUGAUCCCAACAAGAAAGCCUCCGCGAGAUAAUUCUGAACCCAUCGGUGGCGUUAUCAAGAGAGAUUGGCUUUCCAAGCACCGGACUAGGAUUCCCGCCGUCGUGGCUGCUCUCUUCAGUUCGUCCGAUAUCUCCGGUGACCCGGCUCAGUGGCUUCAGGUCUGCAAUGAUCUUGAAAACCUCAAGGUCACAAUCCGUGGGAGAAACAUCAGAUUGGUGGUGGUGGUUGUCUGUGAAGCAGGCCAUAAAGAUGACAUAAGUGAAGAUCGCAUGAUUGCAUUGCGGAAACGUGCGGAAGUAGAUUCUAAGAAUUUAAUUGUUUUCGUACCUGAUGAUCCAUUGGAGCUUAACCAAUCUCUAAGCAGGCUCUGGACUGCAUUUGCCGAUCUGGCAAAUACAUAUUACAGAGAUGAAGGACGAAAAAUAAAGAUGCGCCUUGAAAAGAAAAGUUUCAGCUCGUUGGAGUUAAAUAUUCGUUACUGUUUUAAAGUUGCCGUGUAUGCAGAAUUUCAAAGGGACUGGUCUGAAGCUCUGAAGAUGUAUGAGGAUGCAUAUCAUGCUCUGCGAGAGCUGGUUGGAACAUCUACAAGAAUGCCCCCAAUUCAACGCCUAGUCGAGAUCAAGACUAUUGCUGAACAACUGCAUUUUAAGAUGUCAACAUUACUGUUGCAUGGUGGAAAAGUUGCAGAAGCAAUUGUGUGGUUCCGUCAGCACAUUGCUAAUUAUAGGAGACUUGAGGGAGCUCCAGAAGUUAUUUUUCUUCAUUGGGAGUGGUUAAGCAGGCAAUACUUGGUAUUUGCUCAACUGUUGGAGACAAGCUCUGCCAGUGUUAUGACCUUUCCAAGUAUGGCCUCGGUUCCUUCUGAUAAACCAACAGAACGGGAAUUUCAACCAGCUUACUAUUAUCAGUUGGCAGCAAGUUACCUGAAGAAGAAAAAUAUAUGUUUGGAAUUUUCGCUGUCAAUGUCAGAAGAUAUUCCAGCUGAUGGGAGCGCUGAGUCUGUGGUUGCUUCAGUAUAUCAUGGUCAGUUUGCUCGGUUACUUGAGCGUGAGAAUACAUACAUUAUGCUACCCAUGACUGAUAAGGAGUAUGUCCAUUAUACACUUGUUGAAGGGAAGAGGUUCCAGGAUUCCUUUGAAAUUAUUGCUAUCCUGAAAAGAUCUUACGAAGCAUACAGUAACUUGAAGGCUGAGAGGGCAGCUGCCUAUUGUGGGCUCGAGAUGGCUAGGGAAUAUUUUUCAGUUAGUGAUUUCGGUAAUGCUAAGAAACUUUUUGACCAUGUUGCAAGUCUUUAUCGACGUGAAGGCUGGCUCCUGUCCUUGUGGGAAGUAUUAGGUUAUUUACGUGAGUGCUCGAGGGGGAUUGGUUCAGUGAAAGAUUUCACAGAAUACUCACUUGAGAUGGCUGCACUGCCUGAUGUAACUAAUGCUGCUGAGACAUGCUCCAAAUAUUGUGGUCCCGCUGGGCCUGCAACUCUUUCACAGAGAUCAAAGAUUCACGAGGAAACAUUUGAGGUUGCCAGGGGGGAAUCGGAACUUACUUUGAAAGAAAACAGUUCUUUCAAAGUAAGUAGUGAUUAUCCACUUUAUCUUGAAAUAGAUCUUGUGAGUCCCCUACGGUUGGCACUUCUUGCUUCGGUUGCUUUUCAUCAACCAUCAGUUAAGCCCGGUGCCAUGUCUCUCAUUACUAUAUCACUUCGGACCCAAUUGCCUGUGAAUAUCGAGAUUGAUCAGUUGGAGGUGCAAUUUAACCAAUCCGAAUGUAAUUUUAUCAUUGGUAAUUAUCAGAAGCCAAACAUAGCUGGAAUUUUGAAUGUACAACCAGGUCGCCGAGUUGAGACAGCUCCUGCUCUGAUUCUUGCUACAAACAAAUGGUUGCGACUAACAUAUGAGAUAAAAUCUGAUCAAAGCGGGAAACUCGAGUGUAUAUACGUAAUUGCAAGAAUAGGUGCCCACUUCACAAUAUGUUGCAGAGCUGAGAGUCCUGCUUCGAUGAACGAAAUACCCCUCUGGAAAUUUGAAAACCUACUGGAAACCACUCCCGCCAUGGAUCUUGGUCUGGCAUUCUCCGGGCAGAAGGCUAUACAGGUAGAAGAGCCAGACCCACAAGUGGAUCUAAUCUUAGGCUCAUCUGGACCUGCACUUGUUGGGGAAAGCUUUAGUAUUCCUGUGACAGUUGCUUCGAAGGGACACGCAGUUCAUUCAGGUGAGUUGAAGAUUAACCUGGUAGAUACAAGAGGCGGUGGGCUGCUUAGCCCCAGAGAUGAACCUUAUUUGGCUGACGAUCUCCAUGUUGAGCUUAUUGACGUAACUUGCAGCGUGCCUGAAGACCAGCCUGAAUCUCCUCCAAAUAACAUUCAGAAAAUCCAGCCAUCUUUUGGGUUGAUCUCCAUUCCAUCUCUUGAUGUCGGGGACUCAUGGUCCUGCAAACUCAAAAUUAAAUGGAACCGUCCCAAACCUGUCAUGCUGUAUGUCUCGCUGGGUUACUGUCCUCAGAAUAGCGAACCCAGCGUACAAAAAGUGUACGUACAUAAAAGCUUGCAGAUUGAAGGCAAAACUGCCCUUGCAAUCAGCCAUCGUUACAUGCUCCCAUUCAGGCAGGAUCCUCUCUUGCUGUCAAGGAUCAAGUCGGUGCCCGAACCUGAUCGGAUACCCUCGCUAGCUCUGAACGAACGAACUAUGCUUGUGAUCAGCUUCAAGAAUUGUUCGGAGGUGCCACUCAGGCUUCUCUCUAUAUCUAUUGAGGGGGAUGAGACUGACGGCUCGUGUUGUGUGCGGCCUCGGCACGAAGAAUUUGAAAAACCCUUAGUUCAUGUCCCAGGAGAAGAGUUUAAGAAGGUUUUCGCUGUCGUCCCUAAUGUAAAUAGCAGAAGUAAGCUGAAAAUCGGUACCGUUAGCCUGAAAUGGCAGAGGGUCCCAACCAGAGUAGAGGAUGAGUUUCAUUCAUGUGUUCCUCAAUCUCAAGUUACGAAACUGAGACUUCCGGAUGUGAAUGUCGAGCUUCCUCCUCUGGUUGUGAGCUUGGAAUGCCCGCCUCACGCAGUUACUGGGAGUCCCUUUGUGUAUUCUGUCAGGAUUAACAAUCACACGGAGCUGCUGCAGGAGGUCAAGUGCUCGAUGUCUGAUUCACAGAGCUUUGUACUGUCCGGGCCUCACAGUGAUACAAUCUAUGUCCUGCCCGGCUCGGCCCAUGCAGUGAGUUACAUGCUUGUGCCCCUCGUCUCGGGCUCCCUGCAGCUACCGAGGGUUACCGUGACUUCAGUGAGAUACUCUGCUGGUCUACAGCCCUCAUCCACCUCUUCUGUCAUCUUUGUCUACCCCUCAAAACCUCGUCUCGGGGCUUGUGGCGAAUGA